UAGCAUCUAAAUGACCAAAUAAUGAGCCAGCAACACGCAAGAAGAAACAGCAACCGUCUCGCAGCUAAACGGAUUAAAUUUAAUUUUUUAAAUUAAUCUGAUGUUGUCUCGAAAAAACUCGUGUUACGACACACAACUUUGCACCAAACAAAAAAUUCUGUCAGCAUUUUCUGCUUAGAAUGAUAGAAAAACUUGAAGGAUUCAUCGAGAUAUAAAAUAUUAGACCACAUUCGUUUUUAUCACACACACACACAAAUUUGUAAAUCAUCAUGACAUUAAAAUUAAUCGAUACAGUAACAUUCACUCGACUGAUUAUUUUAUUAGGUGCAUUAGGUAGACUAACAAUAGGAACAAUAGUAGGAAGAAACAGCAUGCAACUUCAAGAGCCUCCUUCUUUUGUGCAAGAACCGCCAUCGAGGAUUCUUUUCGGAAAUGAUACAGGAACACAAGUCACUUGCACAGCGCAUGGCAGCCCGAUGCCAAUUAUUUCGUGGUUGCACAGAGAUGGCACAGUUGUGAGUGCUGUUUCGGGUCUUAGACAAACAUCCGGCAACGGAACAUUAUAUUUCCCUCCGUUCCUCGGACAAUAUUAUCGAUCAGACAUCCAUGAAGGAGUUUAUCGGUGUCGUGCCUCAAACCAAGCGGGAACAAUCCUCAGCAGAGAUGUGUACAUACGAGGAGUGGUUCGUCAAAACUACGAGAUAAAAGUUGAAACACGAGAAGCCUACUUAGGUAAUGCAAUUUAUUUGCGAUGUGCAAUACCGUCCAACGUGCAAGAUUUUGUACGUGUUUCUGCAUGGUAUCGAGGCGAUGAGAUAUUUUUACCCGAACGAUUGGACAUUGGAGGACGUUACAUUGUUACAACCGGAAAUGGAGAUCUGUACAUUAGAAGUGUACGUGCCGAAGAUGGAUUGAAACGUUUUUCCUGUUUGACCAUAAAUUCACUCACGGGCGAGCGUAAAUCCAGCGACUCGAUUUUAUUGUCGAUUAAAGAAGUAUCAACGAACAUGGCACCUCAAACGAGUCAAAAAUCCGUAAUUGAACUCAACAUGGAUAACUCGAAUGACGUUCAUCUGCCUUGCAACAUUCAAGGAAACCCUCUUCCUGUUUUCACGUGGUUUCGUGUAUCAGAUUCAGGUGCUCUUUAUCCUCUGCCAUCGUCGCAACGCAUAAUUCCCGCACAAACGAUUCUCUUUAUUCGGAGUGUCGAUGAUCGUGAUGCUGGAAGAUGGAUUUGCAAAGCUUCCAAUCAGUAUGGGGAACAAAAGUUGGAAAUACGCUUGACUGUGAACAACUAUUUAUCCGUUCAUAUCAAUCCUCAAGUUCAAAUUGUGAAUUAUGGAGGGAAUGUAGUUUUUAAUUGUUCGAUUACGGAUCAAACUGUUUCGAAAAUCGAAUGGUAUCACAAUGGAAAAUUAAUAACGGAUUUGCGACAAAAUGAUCAAAAACAUGUUUUAUUGGCGCCAAAUUCUUUAGCAGUAAAUCACAUUGGAAAAGAAGAUCGCGGAUUGUAUCAAUGUUUAGUAAACAACGUUAAACUAAGCGCACAAGCAGGAGCUGAAUUAAAACUCGGCGAUACAAUUCCCGAGCUCAUCUACACUUUCAUCGAGCAAAAUGUACGUUCAGGUCCUCAUAUUUCGCUGAAAUGCUCCGCUACAGGAUCUCCGCCGCCCCAAUUCACAUGGCUUCUCGAUUCGCAACCCAUUUUGGAUAUAUCGACAACACAUCGUUACGCCAUCGGACAAUAUGUUGAUGCGUCGGGCGACGUAAUUUCGCAUUUGAAUAUUUCACAUGUCAGAAGUGAUGAUGGCGGGCUUUACAAAUGCACAGCAUCUAAUUCAAUCGGUUACGUAGAACAUGCAGCGAGACUAAAUGUUUACGGUCCGCCAUAUGUUCGAGCAAUAGGUCCAACAAAAGCCGUCGCCGAAAGUGAUUUAAUUAUUCAUUGUCCCUUUUCGGGAUAUCCUAUUGAGUCGAUUCGAUGGGAGCGUGCGGGACAGGAAAUAAUAACGAACUCCCAUUAUUACGUAUCGAGUGUUCAACAAGGCGGUUACCUGAAAAUUAUAAAAGUCGAUGCAACACACGACAAUGGAUUGCAUACGUGUAUUGUGAGAUCUCGCACAGGCGAAGAAGCUCGACGAGAUUUACAGAUAAUUGUCAAUAGCCCGCCUGUUAUUGAAGAGUUUUCGUUUCCCAAAAAUUUACAAGAAGGCGGAAGAGCGCAAGUUUCGUGUUCUGUGUCAUCAGGGGAUAUGCCAAUUUAUUUUAGUUGGUACAAAGAUGAAGCUCCGAUACCGUUGAGUUUGCAAAUUAUCGAGAAAAAAGACGAAUUUUUCUCGCAACUCAUUUUUAAGGAUAUAACAUCACGUCACAGCGGCAAAUAUACGUGUUUUGCGACAAAUUCCGCAGCAAAAGUUAAUUAUACGGCAGAAUUACUUGUAAAAGUUCCCCCGCAAUGGUCUUUUGAACCACAAGAUACGUCAAUAAUGCUUGGAAACCAAAUUGCGAUCCAUUGUGAAGCGACGGGAUAUCCAACGCCUAUCAUCACAUGGCACCGAGGACAAGGAAAGAUGUCAAAGGACUUUCAACCGAUCGCUUUGCGAAACAGCACUUUAACUGUCAACUUUGCGACAUCAGCUGACGAAGGUUAUUACAUGUGUCAAGCCAAUAAUGAUAUCGGUACAGGUUUGAAAAAGACAAUUCAUGUUCAUGUUAAUGAACCUGCUCGUUUUGAGUACACUCAUAAAAAUGUUUCAACAAGAAGAAAUGAUCCUGCGACGUUAACAUGCCAAGCGAUGGGCGAUGAACCUCUCAAUAUCUAUUGGUCUCAUAAUGAUCAUCGAAUCGAUAUCAAUAUUUAUCGUAUUAAUAUCGCAGAAAUGAAAACAGAUGACGGAGUAACAUCUCAAUUAACGAUUUCAAGAACAGAUCGACAAGAUUCCGGCAAAUAUCGAUGUAUUGCAGAAAAUCCGUAUGGAAAAAGUGAACAAUUGAUCUAUUUGGCAGUUCAAGAACGUCCUGAAACUCCUUCCGAUAUUGAAGUUGUCGAAGUAGCAAGUCGUUCUGUAAAAAUCUCAUGGAAACGCCCAUUCGAUGGAAAUUCUCCCGUUCUCACGUACGUCGUUCAAUUUCAACCUCACAAAACUCUUUACGAUCGCAAUACUCUUCCGAAUUUCAACGACGAAUGGCGCAAUCCGAAUACCGUGAAUCUCUCAGCUGCUGUUAUCAGCAACACAAUUGGUCCCGAUGGGCAAGCGCGUGAACAAGCAAUUGUCGGAGGAUUACAUCCUGCAACAACUUAUUUGCUUCGAAUGUUAGCAAUCAAUGAUAUCGCAAAAAGUCAAUAUACGGAUCCAAUUGUCAUUAAAACGCAAGAAGAAGCUCCCACAGAUCCGCCGUUCAAUGUUCAAGUUCAUGCCGGAAAUGUUGGCGAAUUAAUUGUAACGUGGCAAGUUCCUCAACGAAGUUCAUGGAAUGGAGAAUUGCUUGGAUUUACGGUUAAUUGCACGGAAGACAAACAAACGAUAAAUUUCGCGAAUAAUUUGAACAAAUCCAUAACACGAAGCAUUACAGUACAUGGAUGGGCAACAACAAAAGCGAUUAUUACGAAUCUUCGGAAGUACACGAGAUAUUCUGUGAAAGUUAGAACAUUUAAUAGCGUUUCUCCGGGUCCAUGGAGUCCUAUAGUUAUUGGGACAACACUCGAAGGAGUUCCCGAAGCAAGUCCUUUGAAUGUAAAUUGCACAAGUUUAUCUUCGCAGAGUAUCAAAAUAUCAUGGCAAGAACCUCCCGCUCAAUUUCACAGCGGAAUAAUUCAAGGAUACAAAAUAAUUUAUCGACCAUUGGUUAAAGAAAUUGAAUUUGCUUCUCCAAGUGAGAUCAAAAGAACACCAAAUCUCGAAACUUAUCUUCAUACUUUGUUAAAAGCAACAAAUUAUUCGAUAAAAGUAUUAGCUUAUACAUCAUCGGGCGAUGGAGUGUCGAGUUCAGCUGUCUAUUGUUCUACAGAGGAAGAUCUUCCUGAUCCUCCUGCUGCAAUAAAAGCUGCUGCUUUAACAGGAGAUUCAAUUCUCGUAUCAUGGGUUCCUCCGAUUCACAAAAAUGGAGUUUUAACACAUUAUACGAUAUACAGCAAGGAAUUUGGGCGAAAAGGACAAGCAAAAAGUCAUACAAUGCGCGUUGAUGAAUUUGGUUAUCCUGUAACUUUUGAAUCUCGCGGAUUGCUUGAGAAUCAAAAAUACGAAUAUUGGGUCUCUGCAUCAACAGCAAUUGGAGAAGGCGAACCAACGCCCGUUGUUUCACAACCGACAAAUUCAAAAGCUCCCGCUAAAAUUGCCUCAUUUUCUCAAACCAUCAAAAAAGCAGUUGGAGCUGUUGUAAUUUUGGAGUGUAUGGCAGUUGGAAAUCCAACGCCGCGAACUCGAUGGUUUACGCGUGAUCGUCCCGUUACAUUUAGUCCUCAUUACGAAGUAACGAGCGAAGAUAGUUUGAAGAUUCACAGUUUAGAUACUUCGUUAUCGGGUAAUUUUAGUUGUAAUGCGAAAAAUCUCUUUGGCGAAGAUGAAAUUACGUAUACAGUAAUUGCAAUGAAAAGUCCAAAUGCUCCAAAAGUUUCUGUUCAAUAUACGUCUUCAGAUAGCAUUCGAAUUCGAUGGGAUAAACCUGAUGAUGGAGGAGCGACAAUUUUGGGAUAUACAAUUUCCGUGCAAAUUGUUGGCGAAAGUUUAGCAAAGUACGAAGUAACGCCCGAUCAAACGGGUUAUACGAUCAGCGGAUUGAAAUGCGGAACGCAAUAUGUCAUAAAAAUGUCGGCACACAAUAAAGUUGGCGAUGGUCCAAUGAGCGAUGAAGUUGUUGUUUGGACAAAAGGAAAAUCUCCUCAUGCACCUGAAGAAAAGGAUUUUAUUACAUCGAACGCUACAUGUUUGAGUCUUCAACUUUCGACAUGGAAUGAUGGCGGAUGCGUUAUUUCUCAUUUUUCCAUUGAACAUCGAGCUCUUGGCGAACAACGAUGGAUUGUUGUUUCGUCAGAUACAUCGGGAACGGAAAAUGGCUCUGAAAAUUUAGUAUUUUGUGAUUUUCUGCCUGCGUCAUGGUAUCAACUUAAAAUAUCAGCAACAAAUGAUGCGGGAAAAACAACUGCUCAAUAUAAUUUUGCAACAAGAACUAUUACAGGAGAAUUGAUAGCAGCUCCGAUAUUUCCAUCUGAACAAGAUACAUCUCCUGACGUUAUUGUAAUGUCUGAAACAGAAAGUUGGCUUUCUUCGAUCAUUGUAGGACUUGCUUUGAUCAUUGCUCUUCUUUUAAUCGCAUUAAUCCUUCGUCAUCGCGGAUUAUUAUGUUCUCCAAUUGGCGAAGGAUACGAAACUCGUGCUGUUCCGCAUGACAUGAAAGAUGAUCAUGACAUUCGAAAUCAACAAGUUUAUACAGCAUCUCCUGUCAAACAUCGUGACAAAGAUACGGAUUCAGAAAUGUACGAAAUUUCUCCGUAUGCAACUUUUAGCGUAACAGGAGGUAGAACGCCUGCUGGAGUUCCUCAACAUGCAAAAACUCCAACGAGAGGCGUAAAUACUUCAACACUCGACUAUACUUUACAAUUCAAAACCUUUGGGCAUCCCGAAGAAUUAGAUUUGAACGCAACUGCCUAUCCAAUCCUUCCAAAUUCGGGUUUUGGGCACGUCAAAGGGAAAUCAAGUUGGCACAAACAACGAUAUUAUAACACAGAUGAUGAGUCAACGUUAAGCAAAUCAAUGACUGUAGUAGCGGGAAAUUCGAGACAUCGCAGUUCUCGAGAUGGAGGAAAUUCUGAUCCUCGACUGAUAGAUCGUCGAAGCGGAAAUCGCUCUCGCAUUAGUCAGAAGGAAAAUAAUGGAUCUGAAUCAGAUACGAGUCAGAGUCCUACUACAGACUUUUCAAAUGCUCCCACCUAUAGAGUUCCUGUUAAAUCUUCGCGAGAAAUCUUUCGUCCAGAUUCAAGUACCGAAUCAAAUAACGAUCAAUCUCCUGUACGAGAUCGUCGACUGAAUACUCCUCGACACAUAGCAGCUGCUGAAAUGCGCGCACGCUCAUCAAGACAAUUGGUAUCUGCGACACGAGGCGAAGUUGUUACUCCAAAUCCACGCGAAAGUCAAUCUAUGGAUUUGUUACGACAACCAACAAGUAACAACAGCAACGGUGAGGCAAUUCCUGAAUCAGGGAUUCGUUUUCGGCCUCCGAGCGGUUUUACGGAUUCUCGGGAAUUUAGUGAAGCGGAAUGUGAUCGUGAUCGUGCGCUAGAUUUGGAAGUGCAACGUGUGAUGGAACAACAACAACAAUUACAACAGUUACAGCAAAACGGGCUCAAAACAGGAGAUUCGGAAUUGACCUCACUACUUGCAAGGUAUCAGGAAAAGAAGGAACAGGAAAGGCAAGAGUACACCAUUCAUGUAUGAAAAAAGUAGAAAAUAUACAACUUUUUUCGUUGGUUUCAUCUUUUGUAACAUUUAUUAUAGAUCUUAAUUUUUGAUUUUUUUUUCUUCCAAUAGUAACCAAGAACGAUGUUAU